CAAUGGCGACCAAGUUGGAAACAUCACAGCACAAAAGCUCGGACGGUGUUUACGACGUGUGUUGUUCAAUCUGCGAGGAUGAUGGCAUACAUAAGGAAGGGCUGUUUUAUUGUCAGAAAUGUUCAAAUUAUUUCUGUGACAGUUGUGUGUUAACGCACAAUAAGUUUCACAAAAGUCAUUCAGUAAUUGAGGAAAAGGGAGGUGAAAUUUGGCCUGUAUCUAAAACAGUGGAUGAUACACUGGAGUUAUGUGAGGAGCACAAAUCUGAGAAACUGACGAUGUUCUGUGAAGAUGAUGAAAAGCUGCUCUGUUACGUCUGUCAUCUCCGUAAUCACAAGAAAUGCAGUGAUGUAGUUCUAUUGACUGACGAGGUUAAAUCUUUCACACGACCCAUCGACCUAGCUCAAAUGAAGACUAGAAUUGAAUCAUUAGUAAAACGUCUAGAGGAUAUGGUAAAAAUGGGUGAAGAAAAUAUUACGUCUCUCCAAACGUCAUACGAAAAAGUGUUGAAAGAAAUAGUUGAUGUGCGUCGACAGAUUAAUGACAAUCUAGACCGACUUCAACAAAAUACAGAAAAAAAAUUAGAAGAGUUGCACUCUACAUUAAAGAAUUCUUCGGAAAAUAUAAGAAAACAUUGCGUUGAAUUAAUUUCAAAGAUAAAGGGAUAUAACAUUAAAGACAUAACCACAAUGUCACCUGAUCGAUCGUUUAUUAUAUACAGAAAAUGUUUAGACCAAGCCGCGACUGCAGAUUUAUUUCUUUGCAAAGCAACUUCAAUUGUAGCCAUUGAAUUCCACCACAACAAGGACUUAACGCAGUUUCUUGCUUCUUGUAAAGAGUUAGGAAGUAUCGUCAGUCGAGAAUCUGUGUCACAUCAUGUCGUUGACCCUAACAAGGUUGUAAGUAUUCAAGACAGGUCACCAUACAACGUGGGAAAGGAGACUAAUAAGUGGAAUUGUUUCAUAACGGGCAUAUGCGAGUCGUCCAAUGGGGAAUUAGUCAUUGCUGACUUCGACAAUAAGAGUGUGAAACUCCUGGAUAAGGCUUACAAUUUAAUAGAGCAACUACAACUACCUACUUGUCCGAGGUCCAUGAGUUAUAUAUCAACUAACGAGGUGGCGUUGACAGUUAGUGACGGUGGCACUAUUAAUGAGAUUCUUUUCUUACGAGUCGACAAAGGGAGAAUUAUAAAUUUUAAUACUGUACAUAUCAACCAUGUAUGUUGCGGUAUUGCGUAUCACCAGGGCGACCUGUUUGUAUCGUCCUGUACUGCAGUGUGUCAAUACACCAUGGAUGGGGGGCUAGUGAAGACGUUAUAUGAGGAUAAGUCGCUAGGAAACGCUAUUAAAGGUGUUGGAGUGAGUCCUGAUGGUAAGCGGAUCUACGCAACAUAUUAUGACACACUUCUCACACUGACGAGAGAUGGAGCGAUCACAGCCACGCUCCAGGAUCCUGCAUUUAGAACGAACGAUAUAAUAUUUAACUUACAUGUAGCAGCCACUGGACAGGUGUUUGUCUUAGGUAAACAAUCUGUCAGUCAAGUUGACACGGACGGCAACAAAGUCCUCAAUACCAUACAACUUGAUAUGUACAAUCCUACCUCAGUCUACUUCAAUGAAGGCACGGGCAAGAUGAUUGUUGCAUUUAGGAACUACAACAUCAUCAUUGAGUUCAAAACAAAGGUGUCCUGACUUCUCAACGUAUGCCUUGUAUUACAUACAAACGUGUUUCAGAGAAUUACAAUGCAUUGGCUUGUUGGAACAGAUAUCAUUUAUGCUCAUUGUGACAUGUAGUCACUAUUCAUUCUAUUAAGUUUGUGUCUGUUCAGUUUGACUAACUUAUUUGAAUUGAAGAACUUAACCUGCUUUAUUCAAAGACGGCUUGUGGUAUUACACAUUUAUUUUCAUUCUUCGCUUUUAAACGUGUUUGUCGAAAUUAAGCAAAUCCUUCUUGUUUUUUGUAAACCCAAAACUAAGUCUCCCCAUGUUUUCUCUUUCUUACACUGCUUUGCGGCACAUCGUGUUUUCCACAUCGCCAUUAUUAUGUUUUGCCUCUCUUUAAUAAUAUCUCACCUCAUUCCAUUUUAAUUAUUGUGUAACCCUAAAUUGUGUUUUUAUUAUAUAAAUACAUUUUUGCGUUUUAUAAUAGAACUAACUAUAUCUU